AUGUCAAGUGCGAAACAUUUACCUAUACAACCAUACCCUGCGGCGAUCGCUCCCUCGAUUGGCGCAAUGAAUCACGUUGGUACCGGUGGGGCUAGAAAAAGUUCUACUGGGCUUACUAUCAGGACUUCUAGACAUUGGGUUCUUCCUCCUAGGCCUAAACCGGGUAGGAAGCCUAAUCAUUACGAUUCUAAGAGGGGAAGUAAGUCUGCCUCACCUCCACCGCCUAAGAAGAUUGCCAGUCCCAUUUCUGCGAAGAAAGAGGCGAACAAAUUACCUAUCAGGAACCUUAGUGUUCCAUUGAAAACUCCUGCUCAGCUGCAACAGCAGCAACAACAACAACAGCAGCAGCAGCAGCCAGUCACUGUGAAGAAACAGACCAAAACUGCGCUCAAGAAAGAAAUUCAGCACAUCAAGGUAGAAAACUCUAAGUUGAAGCAGGAACUGGGGCAAUUGGUUGGCAAUUUGCAGGCUUUGAAAAAACAGUAUACUCCGCCAUUAGAGACCGGUACAAGGAAAAGACAUCAUUUGGAUGAUUCGACUUCUGCGUUUUUGAAAUUCGAGGACGACGAAGAGGAGUGCAGAAUGCAGGAGUCAGUGGCAUUUCCUCCUUUAUUGGUCACAAAUGCAAAAAUGAAUUUGACCUCUUCAAUGUCUUCUUGUAAGACCAUCGCUACGGAUGACGAAGAUAUAUUGACAAUGUCGUCCUCGACACCAAAUUCACUUGUAUCUUCUGAUUUACAACAUUCGUCGUCGUUAUCAUCAGCUUCUUCGUUGAAUUUGAAUCAUGCGCAGCAUCCUCCACUAAAGCAGUCGUCUAAUGAUUCUCAACUGAAGUUCUUGGACGAUUAUGAGCAAAUGGAGUUUUACGACAAAUACAUGAGGAUGGAUUUAAAUCUGCCCUCACAGCAAGUCGAUGAUAGCUACCUGGUCGCUCUGGAUUCGAUCAAGGAAGAAGAAACCGAUUUUAAAUUCACACAGACGAACCAAGAUCACCUUUCUUUCUUGGGCAAUCAGAGUGUAACGGUAGAUGAUCAGAGUGACAAUCUUUUCUUUGCUGUAAAGGAAGAACCCAAUGAUGAUGCAAAACUCUUCCAGGAGUUCAAUGACGAAAGCCAGCCCACAACGACUACGACCACAACGACAAACUCAACUUUAACGAAUUUUUACAUGCCUCCAUCACUAGAAGAAUUGAUGGAUGAACAAGAUGGAGGUUUGAAAAACUUCUCCAAUGUAACCAAUAAUUUGGCAAAUGACGAGAUUAACGACUAUCGGGAUGACUUUGAUAUGUUGAAAGUGGAAGUAUUUGAUAUGAUAUAA